AUGAAGGUGGAGGAGAAAGAGGCUGGGGUAGGGAAGCUGGACCCCGCUAACUACAGGAGGCGAUGUCAGGAUCAGGAAGACUGCCGUUCCAUUCACAUCGGGCUUUCCGUUCCCAGUUACCCUCACAGGAAAAGAGACCAGAAGGGACAUCUUCCAGGUCUGCAAAAGGUCCGCUGGGGCUUGCGGCCAGACAAGCCACAGCAGGGGCUGGCCAGCGCGGGCAGCAGUGUGGACCAUGUCAGCAAGACACGGUCUCCAGCUGCUGAGCAGCUCCAGGACAUCCUGGGGGAGGAAGAUGAGGCUCCCAACCCCACCCUCUUCACAGAGAUGGACACUCUGCAGCAUGACGGAGACCAGAUGGAGUGGAAGGAGUCGGCCAGGUGGAUAAAGUUUGAAGAAAAGGUAGAGGAAGGAGGCGAACGCUGGAGCAAGCCCCACGUGUCCACACUGUCCUUGCACAGCCUCUUUGAGCUCCGCACCUGCCUGCAGACGGGAACCGUGUUGCUGGAUUUGGACGGCGGCUCCUUACCACAGAUCAUAGACGAUGUCAUUGAGAAGCAAAUUGAGGAUGGCCUCCUUCGGCCAGAGCUCCGCGAGAGGGUCAGCUACGUCCUCCUGAGGAGACACCGCCACCAAACCACAAAGCCCAUCCACCGCUCCUUGGCUGACAUUGGAAAGGCGGUCUCCUCCACCAGUCGCAGCCCAGCCCGGAGCCCGGCGGCCGGCCCGAGCCUACACCACUCCACUGAGGACCUGAGGGUGCGGCAAAGUGCGAAUUACGGCCGUCUGUGUCAUGCCCAGAGCAGAAGCAUGAAUGAUAUUUCUCUCACCCUAAACACCGACCAGCGGAAAAACAAAUUCAUGAAGAAGAUCCCCAAGGACUCAGAAGCCUCCAACGUGCUCGUGGGCGAGGUGGACUUCCUGGACCAGCCGUUCAUCGCUUUCGUACGUCUCAUCCAGUCAGCCAUGCUGGGAGGUGUGACCGAGGUGCCUGUACCCACCAGAUUUCUGUUCAUACUGCUGGGACCUUCUGGGAGAGCAAAAUCCUACAAUGAAAUUGGCCGUGCCAUUGCAACCCUCAUGGUGGAUGACCUCUUCAGCGAUGUGGCCUACAAGGCCCGGAAUCGAGAGGAUCUGAUCGCGGGGAUCGAUGAGUUUCUGGACGAGGUCAUCGUGCUUCCCCCAGGAGAAUGGGACCCAAAUAUCCGAAUUGAGCCACCCAAGAAGGUGCCUUCUGCUGACAAGAGGAAGUCCGUGUUCUCCAUGACUGAAUUAGGCCAGAUGAACGGCUCUGUGGCCGGAGGCGGUGGGGGAGCCGCUGGAGGCGGCGCUGCAGGCAGCGGAGGCGGCGGCGGGGCCGGUGGAGGGAGCAGCUCGGAUGAUGGAGAGAUGCCAACCGUGCAUGAAAUCGGGGAAGAACUGAUCUGGACAGGAAGGUUCUUCGGUGGCCUGUGUCUCGAUGUCAAGAGGAAGCUGCCCUGGUUCCCAAGUGACUUCUACGAUGGCUUCCACAUUCAGUCCAUCUCUGCCAUCCUAUUCAUCUACCUCGGCUGCAUUACCAACGCGAUCACCUUUGGUGGGCUUCUGGGAGAUGCCACUGACAAUUAUCAGGGAGUGAUGGAGAGUUUCCUGGGCACUGCCAUGGCUGGCUCCUUGUUCUGCCUCUUCUCGGGACAGCCUCUCAUCAUACUCAGCAGCACGGGACCCAUCCUCAUCUUUGAGAAGCUCCUCUUCGACUUCAGCAAAGGCAAUGGCCUGGACUACAUGGAGUUCCGCCUCUGGAUUGGCCUGCACUCAGCCGUCCAGUGCCUUAUCCUGGUGGCCACAGAUGCCAGCUUCGUCAUCAAGUAUAUCACCCGCUUCACUGAGGAGGGUUUCUCCACCCUCAUCAGCUUCAUCUUCAUCUACGACGCCAUCAAGAAGAUGAUUGGUACCUUCAAGUACUACCCCAUCAAUGUGAACUUUAAGCCUGACUCUAUCACCACCUACAAAUGCGAAUGCGUCGCCCCUGACACAGCGAACACAACCGUGUUCAAUGCUUCAGCCACGCUGCCACCAAAUACCAACACUUCUCUGUACAAUCCCCUUAACCUCACAGCGCUGGACUGGUCCCUGCUGAGCAAAAAGGAGUGUUUGAACUAUGGUGGGCGCCUCCUUGGUAAUUCCUGCCAGUUCAUCCCAGACCUGGCACUCAUGUCAUUCAUCCUUUUCUUCGGGACAUACUCCAUGACCCUGACCCUGAAGAAGUUCAAAUUCAGCCGUUACUUCCCUACGAAGGUUCGCGCCCUAAUAGCUGACUUUUCCAUCAUCUUCUCCAUCCUGCUCUUCUGUGGAAUUGAUGCCUGUUUCGGCUUGGCAACCCCCAAGCUGCUGGUGCCCAGCGAAAUUAAGCCCACACGGCCUGACCGAGGCUGGUUCGUGGCCCCCUUUGGGAAGAACCCGUGGUGGGUGUACCUAGCGAGCAUCCUGCCUGCCCUGCUGGUGACGAUCCUGAUCUUCAUGGACCAGCAGAUCACCGCCGUCAUAGUCAACCGGAAGGAGAACAAGCUGAGGAAGGCGGCUGGCUACCAUCUGGACCUCUUCUGGGUGGGCAUCCUCAUGGCUCUCUGCUCCUUCAUGGGGCUCCCCUGGUAUGUGGCUGCCACGGUCAUCUCCAUUGCCCACAUCGACAGCCUCAAGAUGGAGACAGAGACCAGCGCCCCUGGGGAGCAGCCCCAGUUCCUGGGGGUCAGGGAGCAGAGAGUGACUGGCAUCAUCGUCUUCAUCCUGACAGGGACCUCUGUCUUCCUGGCUCCCAUCCUGCAGUACAUCCCUUUGCCGGUGCUCUAUGGAGUCUUCCUCUACAUGGGUGUGGCCUCCCUGAACGGCAUCCAGUUCUGGGAUCGCUGCAAACUCUUCCUGAUGCCAGCCAAGCACCAGCCAGACCAUGCCUUCCUGCGGCACGUGCCCCUGCGCCGGAUCCACCUCUUCACCCUGGUGCAGAUACUCUGCUUGGCUGUGCUCUGGAUCCUCAAGUCCACAAUGGCCGCCAUCAUCUUCCCAGUCAUGAUCCUGGGUCUCAUCAUUGUUCGAAGGCUUCUGGACCUCGUCUUUUCCCAGCAUGACCUGGCCUGGAUUGACAACAUCCUCCCAGAGAAGGAGAAAAAGGAGGCGGAUAAGAAGAAGAGAAGGAAAGGGGCUCAUGAGGACAGUGACGAGGAGCCCCAGUUCCCUCCUCCCUCAGUUAUAAAGAUUCCCAUGGAAAGUGUACAAUCAGAUCCCCAAAACGGUAUCCACUGCAUUAACAGACAAGGAUCUUCCAGUUGGAGUUACUCACUCUGAUUCUUCCUUCAGUGACUCAGAACUUGACCGAAGCAUCACCCUGCACUUCAAAAUCUCCUGUCCUGCCUCACCUGCCUUCAACUACUCCCAGAGCCCCGUCUUCAUGGUGCCACAGGUGAAGAUAGAGAUGGAGCCCGAGUGUGACUUCACAGACAUGGACAGAUAUGGGAGA